CGACCACACUAAGUGUCUGUCAAAUAUCAGUCAAGAUAUUGAAUGUUAAAAUUAUUUUCGCGCAACGUGAAAUUGGUUCCCACUGAAAGUGCUAAGUGGUUUUCAGCAGCGGUAAGGAUCACCGAGACGACGUUUUAAAAAAAAUCAGCCAGCAAAAACUUUGCACACGUGAACAAUAUGGCCGACAUGCCCGACCUCGAUGUCUCCUUCAACCAGAAGGGGGAAAACGAUGCACCAAUGGAAGCCGGGUUUCCAAUAAUGACCAUAGCCACCGGGUCCGAGAAGCCCGGAACCGCAGCUCCCGAGACGGCGUCUACCUCCGGCGACUCCUUAAACCAAAAAGGGGAAAACGACGCAUCAAUGGACUCGGGGAUUGCAAUCAUGCCCGUAGCCACCGGGUCCGAGAAGCCCGGAAUUGCAGCUCUCGAGUCGGCGACUACCUCCGGCAAGGGUGAAAAGCCGGAGAUCGAGGCGGAACCGCCUUCGAACACCUUUGUUGAGGGCCUGGAGAAGGACUCGAAGGACGGGGUAUGCCCCAAGAAAAUCGACGCAGAUCAGCAGGGACUGUCAGCGGUGGGCCGUGAGCAGGAGGAAGAAUCACCAUCUGAAGCUCUUCGCCAAUCCGGGGAUCAGAUUAACGUCCGUCAGCUGGGCGGAGUCAUGGACCUGGAGGAAGAAGCUUCACCCGAAGCUCUUCGCCAAUCCGAGGAGGAACAGAAACAGUCUAAAGCAAAUUCCUUGCUAAAGCGCGAUUCCCAGGAUACGGUAGAUGAUACGAUCGCUCCACAGGCUAAGAAGCCAAAGCUUUUGAAAGCACAAGACCAGGACCAGGAGAUGUAAAACUAUUCUCCAAACCAGGUCAUUACGUCGUCCUGUCACUACGGGGCUGCUGCUCAUCUUGCCAAAGAUGUGGCUCGCACUCAAACUUAAACUAUGGCUAUAGGCCAUCUCUACACAACACAACUACUUACGUUACCUUACUAAUACACUACAAUGCGGACAAUUCUAAACUUAAUUCAUUGAAUUAGAUAUUUGUCUUUAAUCCAAAUAAACAUACAUCCAAACAAA